AUGCCCCAGCUCGAGCACAUCCCACAAGGCUACGACGUCUCAACGUCUGCCAAUGGCCUCGAUACGAGGCUCCAGUUGCAAUCCAAAUCCGGAGACUUCCAGUUUACCUUCGAAGCUUUGCGACCAGGGCUCUUCAGAACGACAUUCACUUCUCCGAAGCACCUGCUGCCACCUCAUCGAGCAGCACCAGUCCCGAAAUGCGAUUUGAGUGGAGUGAGCAGUGAGACCAGCUCAAGUGCUUCUUCAAAGUUGAUUAAUGUUGCUGGUGUCAAUGCGAGCGUAGACUGGGCAAGUGGCUUGCCCUUGGUAUCUCUGACACUCUCUGGUCAAAAAGCGCCCAUCCACCACGAUUUGCCACACCGGUCUUACGGAGCAGAUGGUACCGGCGUAGUGCACUACACUCGCUAUAAUCAUGGUACACUUCAUCUUGGUCUUGGCGAAAAGCCGGCGCCCAUGGAUCUAUCUAACCGUCAUUUUGUCCUUUCAGCAACGGACUGUUUUGGCUACGAUGUUCACCGGACUGACCCAAUGUACAAGCACAUACCGCUUCUCAUCAACGCUACGCCAGAAGGCUGUGUCGCUGUAUUUUCGACGUCGCAUGCACGCGGCUUUUACUCCGUUGGGUCUGAAAUGGACGGGAUGUGGGGUCGGUUCAAAGUUUACCGCCAGGAGUACGGUGGCCUAGAAGAAUACCUCCUCGUUGGAAAGACGCUGAGGGACAUCGUCACAAUCUAUGCAGAUCUUGUCGGAUACCCAUUGCUAGUCCCAAGAUGGGCUUUUGGUUACCUCGCAGGCGGCAUGAAGUAUUCCAUGCUGGACGAACCACGUGCAGCCGACGCUUUGAUGGAGUUCGCGGGCAAGCUCAAGAAGUACGACAUUCCCUGCUCAGGCUUCCAGAUGUCUUCUGGUUAUACGGUGGCUGAGACGGAGCCCAAAACCCGCAAUGUAUUCACUUGGAAUCGCCAUCGCUUCCCCGAUCCGGAGGGCUUUUUGACUGCGUUCCACAAAGCAGGCAUAAGGCUGAUAGCGAAUGUCAAGCCCUAUGUCUUGGCCAGCCACCCAGAGUACAAGAAACUCAAAGCGGCGGGUGCUUUCUUCACAGACUCCCUAACCUUGGCGUCUGCGGAAGCACGGUUAUGGAGUGCUGGAGGUGGCGAAAGUGGUGUCGGUGGACACAUCGACUUUACAUCAAAAGCUGGCUACCAAUGGUGGUACGAUGGCGUAAAAGAGCUGAAGCGCGUCGGUAUUGAUUGCAUCUGGAACGAUAACAACGAGUACACGGUUCCCCACGACGGCUGGCAAUGCGAGUUGACGGAGCCGAACGUGAUCCAAGAUGGCGCGGCUGAGUACGGCAAGGACAUUGGGUUCUGGGGUCGCUAUCUAAACACAGAGCUGAUGGGCAAAAGCUCGCAUGAUGCGACACUUGAAGCUGAGCCCGGCCAACGGCCGUUUAUUCUCACCCGCAGUGCAACAGCAGGAACAUUGAGAUACUGCGCAAGCUCAUGGAGUGGCGAUAACGUCACAAGCUGGGAUGGCAUGAAGGGCGCCAACGCACUUUCUCUGACCGCCGGUAUGUGUCUUAUGCAGUGCUAUGGUCACGACAUUGGCGGCUUCGAAGGACCGCAGCCCUCACCGGAGCUUCUAGUCCGAUGGGUCCAACAAGGCAUCUACUCGCCUCGAUUCGCCAUCAACUGUUAUAAGACCUCGCCAGACAACAACACAGUCGGAGAUGUAAUCGAACCCUGGAUGUAUGAAGAGACGACGGCGCUUGUUCGAGACAUCAUCAAGCGUCGUUAUGAGAUAAUACCCUACCUGUACUCACUCUCCCUCGAGUCUCACACACAUGCAACGCCGCCUCAACGAUGGACAGGUUGGGGCUACGAGUCUGAUCCUGAAGUAUGGAGCAACAAAAAUCUCACAGACGGGGAGACACAGUAUUGGCUCGGUGACGCGUUACUUGUGGGUGGCGUCUUCCAACCCCGCGAACAAACGUCAAAGGUGUAUCUGCCCAAGAACGCGUCUCAACCAGAUCUGCAGUUCUUGGACCUCAACAAUGCACCGCAAACAUACUACAACGCUGGCCAGUGGGUGGAUGUCCCUGCAAAAUGGACCGAGAGUAUUCCUGUCCUUGCAAAGGUUGGAAGCGCAAUACCUGUUGGUCGCAGCGAACAAGUCCUCGCCAUGGGCGAUGCGUCCAACCCGGCCAGCCUCCCGCUCGAUGACUACCGGGCCGUUGAGCUCUUCCCGCCAAAGGGUUCAUCGAACGGCACAGUUUUCACAAAUGUGUGGUAUGAGGACGAUGGUGUUAGCCCACCACCAGCAAAGAUCUCAGUGUUUGAGAUCAAGUACCAGACGACGGACAGUGAGGUGCAAGUGGAAUAUAGCGAAAAGCUACAGCCUGGAUUUGUGCCACAUUGGAAGGAACUUGGCACCAUAUUGCCAGUCGGUGAUGGAAGGGCGGUAAAGGUGAAUGGAGAGGUCGCUAAGAAAGCGCAGACCGACGGAAAGGGCAGACCGUCAGUCGGCGGAGAUCAGAAUGAUCACAUCGACCUCGACCCUAUUCUCGAUGCUCUUGAACUGCGCGAUCAGCUUGUUGAGCAGCCUUACUUCGAAGACCCAUAUGUGACUCCAGGUCCCAACAGUACCCACAAGUCUGCACCGGCGUAUUAUGCGGCAGUCCUGCCUCCCGAAAUGACCGGCUGGAACACUACCACCUCAGUUGAGUCGAAGACUGGAACUGGCGCUGCCUCAGACUUUUCAUUCGGCUCCGACUCACCUGCGCUGGCUACCUUUCCCUCGGAACCUAAGACGCUCUACGCAGAGACGCGCGUUGGAUUUGAGAAACACCACAUAGGCACAUUACGGAAGGGCCGCCUCGAAAAUGCUGUUUAUGAAUGCCUGAAGACUAGCUGUCCCUUGGACGACGAAAAGCGAGGCCUGAAGCCUUGUACCCCCUAUAACACGCAUAAUUGCCGCGUGUCAAAUAUUGUGUACAAUGCUGAGCCACACGACAAAUAUGCCACCAACUCGUUCCUCACUAUCCAAGUUGAGUACGCCUAUCACAAUCCAGUGUGGCCAGGCUUGGGUGAUGCCGUCGUGACAGCAUCCUUGUAUCGGAUCAUGUCUGAUGUCGAGGACGGACCAGGAGACGACGGAACAAUCAAAAUAGGUGCCUGCCAACCCAUUGACUUCCCCGGCUCUCGCAGAACCUUGUUGUGUAAUGUCCCUCGAAGCGUGUCCGUUGGAUUUCCUGUCAACAAGGAUCACCCUAAAGGAGAUGCAGGCGAGGUUCAAGCUAUGGUUGCUGUUAGCAUCUACUUCAACGGCAAGACUAGCGAUGGCGAUUACAAUGUCAUUUUUCCUAACCAGCGGUCUCACGACGCUAUCAUGGAAAGAUUCAAGUGGGACUGGCUGCCACACUUUGCGAAGUCCAUCGGUCGCCCCGAACAAGAUCUUGAUACGAGGGUGACCUACCUCAGGGAAGAGAAGACAUGCCAAGCCUGGUUUUGGUACGAGGACCCGAAGUGCAAAAUGUCAGCGAACCCUCCCUCCCCAGGGGUAUAG